AUGCUUUCGGGCGACUUCUUAGACCAAGCGUCGGACCUGCUAUCCUUCAUCCGCACACCCGGUGGCCAGGGCGCCUUUGGUGGGCUGCAGGUGGUGCUCUGCGGGGAUUUCAUGCAGCUGCCGCCGGUACAAGCCACAAACCUCGCCUUUCAGGCAGAGGUUUGGCAGCAGUUGAAGUUUCAUCAUUUCAGCUUAUGCAGCAAUUUCAGACAAGCAGAGGAUGCCGAGUUCAAGGACUUACUGCGGGAACUGCGUUUGGGGAGGUUGUCCCUGGAGAGCUUCCGGUCCAUCUCCCAGGAGCCGUUGGAGGGCACGUCAUAUCCCAAGAUCGUGAGCACCAACAGAGAAGUGGAGGCGGUGAACUGCGAACGCCUCGAAAGCUUACCUGGCGAGGAGUAUGUUUUCCACGCACAGGACGAAAUGGAGAAACACGCGCCUGCCGUCAAAGCAGCCAUGGACAAUCUGAUUGUCCCAAAGGAGUUGCGCUUGAAAGUGGGCUGCGUGGUGAUGCUGUUGGUGAACCUGCGGCAGCCUGAUCGAUGCAAAACUUUGAGCCCUGCUGCUCGGGACCCUUGGGAUUGA